AUGUUUACUGCCAAAUCACCCUGGGCUUUCACCUUUCGUCAGGUUUUCGCUCGGGCUUUCCCCCAAUAUAGACGUAAAUGGACAAAUUUCCGAUCUGUUAUUCGAUUAUAUCCGCAAUCAAACAAUAGGAGUUUUGCUUAUGAUCGCCGUUUAUUACUUGCUUUCACUUCGGCUGCCGGGUUUUCGUUUAAAGACCACGGAAUCAGCGAUGAACGAAUCAAUACUGCUGAGGAGAGACGUAAGGAGUUUGAUCUGAGGAAUGAGAAGGAAGAAGGUUGGGAACCAUUGGUCAUUGAAGAGAACUUCAGAGCUUUCCGAAGACAUGUCCCUGGGCCGUACGAGAUGUAUGAGUACAAGUGUGCAGGAACCUAUUUCGAUAUAAGUCCCCAGACGUUCUUGGAUGCCCAAAAUGAUUUGGACUAUAGAAAGGAAUGGGAUAGUAAUAUCAUUUCACUGGAUUUGCUCAAGGAUCAAGAUGAGCAUGAGUUGAUAAAAUGGGUUGCUAAAUAUCCGUAUCCGCUGUAUCCUCGUGAAUAUGUGUAUGUACGUCGAACCUGGGUCUCUGAUGACGAAAAGGUAGUCGUGGUAGAAAGUGAAGUGGUGCCUGAACAUGUAUAUCCUUCCGCUUCGGAUUCGAAAAACGUCAGAGUUGGAACCUACACAUCUCGGAUGGCUAUACGAGCUCACAAGGAUUGGGAAAACCAUGGCACUGAUUAUAUCCUUAUAUACUUUGAUAAUCCGGAAGCAAACAUCCCGAAAUACAUCUAUAACUGGAUCAUAGAUCGCGGAGGUCCUUAUUUUCUGAAACAGGUCCACGCAGCAGCUCUCGAGAUCCAAAACAGUGGGCGGACCAUCAAAUCCACUAUGGAUAAAAUGAGAAAGCUCAAGGCAUCUAGAGGAGAUCAUCAGUCACAGUUUUCGGCGAGAGAGGAUCUAUGCGACGAGGCAGAGAAAUCACCUUCGCUUGAGAGCCAGACAACAGACAAUGGGACGCAAGGAUAUAAAAUGCCUAAUAAGGAAGAAAAGGAAGAGCAGAACGAUGAGGCUGAUGACGUCCCCAGCCAAAUAAGAGCGAAAAUAGCGGCGGUAGUGGAACAGAUUGUGCAUCGAUCGAAGGAAGAAGAGAUUGGAUUGAGUCAUUUGAUCGAGUCAAUGAUGGACAGAGCUCAUAAGGUCUCACGACGAGUUUGCGACAUCCCAAAAGGAUUCUAA